AUGCAACGAUUGUGGAAGCUGAAGGUGGACUGGGAUGAAACUCCCCCUGGUGAGUUGAUCAAUGACUGGCCAUUGCGAGUCUACCUGCACGGCUACAGUGAUGCUUCCGAGAGGGCAAUGGGCGCUUACAUCUAUAUUCGCUCAGUCGAUGAAACAGGAAACUAUUCAUCUCAUCUUCUUUGUGCUAAAUCAAAAACCGCACCAAUCGGAAACGGAAGGUCUACGAUACCUCGCUUAGAAUUGUGUGCUGCGGUAAUAUUAGCUCGUCUCAUCAACAACGUCACUGCAACGCUGUCGAUACAAUUCCACGAGAUUCGUGCCUAUAGUGAUUCACAAGUGGCUUUGGCAUGGAUAGCUGGCGGUGCCUCAAGAUCGAAGACAUACGUCGGAAACCGCAUGGCGGAGAUCGCAACCCUCUUGCCAUCUGAAAAUUGGUAUCACAUCGGCACUCACAGCAAUCCUGCUGACAUAAUAUCUCGUGGUGCUCUCCCCGUUGGUUUACAAGGAAACAUCCUCUGGUGGCACGGCCCAGACUGGCAACACUCGUUACCGCUUCCAGAACUCAACGUCGCACAAAGGCAGCAAGUCGAUCGCGAACGAAAGUCGGUGACAGUAAGUCUUAUGAUAGUAUACGAAAAUUGCUUUUUGAAUGAGAUGUUAGCUCGAUACUAUCCGAACAAACAAAUGCUGCUGCGAGUCACCGCUCGUCUUUUAAGAUUUGGUUCCCGCCGUCCUGGACGUUUGACAGCUGGGGAGCUGGACCAUGCCCUUAUGAUUUAUGUACGACACACGCAUCAGAAGCACUUUUUGAACGAUAUUAACCGGUUGAAGGAAGGCAAGAGCGUACACCGUGGAAGUUUUGUCUACUUGUUGGAUCCUUGUUUGGAUGAUAAUGGUCUCCUCAGGGUGGGCGGCAGGCUUCGGCAAUCUAAACUAAGCUACGACAUGAAACAUAAGCUGCUAUUGCCACGCCACUCCAUUCUGACAUCUCUAAUAUUACACGACGAACAUGUUCACAAUCUGCACUGUGGACCACAAACCCUGCUGGCUAUUUCUCGACGGUGA